AUGUGGGACACCAUCAAGACAAGUAGCAUGAGCAUAAUUGGAAUCCCAGGACAGGAAGAAGCAGCUAAAGGCACGGAAAAAGUUGUGGAAGAACUAUCAGAUAAAAACUUUCCUGCAAUGAUGAAGAAUCAGCAAUUCAUGGUACUGGUUCCAGCAGCCAUCUAUACCAAUGAGUCUGAGAAGGUUUGUGUUUUACUUAGUUACCUGAAUGAGCCAGUGACAGUGAACAUAACUCUGGAAUUGGGAAUGCAAAACUGGAACCUCCUCUGGAAACAGAUUCCAGAACUACCAUCUUUCAUUGCAUUUAUUACUGCGCAUGUGACUGGAUCAACUCAAGUGUUCACAAAAAAAAAGCAAAUCUACAUAAAAAAACCAAAGAGUCUGGUCUUUAUUCAGACAGACAAACCCAUCUACAAACCUGGACAAUCAGUGAGAUUCCGCAUCGUCGCUGUGAAUGUCAAUUUUUACCCUGUGGACGAAACAUUCCCUGUGGUUUAUAUUGAGAAUCCCAAGAAAAACAGAAUUUUCCAAUGGCAAAAUUUCACACUGCAAAAGGGACUCGGCCAGCUCUCUUUCUUACUCUCAACGGAGCCCAUUCUGGGUUCCUACAACAUCAUCCUGCAGAAGGAGUCAAAUGAAACGAUAAAGCAUUCCUUCGAGGUAGAAGAAUAUGUUUUGCCCAAAUUUGAAGUCCAAGUGAAAAUUCCCAAGAGAAUUGGUUUUACAGAGAAAGAAUUUCCAGUAUCUGUCUGUGGCCUAUACACAUAUGGAAAGCCUGUCUCUGGUCUAGUGACAAUGAAGAUAUGCAGAAAAUAUAUUCAACAAUACCAAUCUAGCUGUUCUGACCCAAGUUUGCCAGGUAUCUGCCAUGAAUUUAGCCAAGAGGCAGACAAUGCAGGUUGUUUUACAAAAGUGAUAAAAACAGAAGGGUUUCAAAUGAAACGAGCUGGAUAUGACAUGUCAUUAAAAGUGGAAGGAACAAUCAAAGAGGAGGGAACAGAGUUGGAACUUACUGGUUCUGAAGUGUGUCACAUCACAAACCAAUUAAGCGAAAUGCGUUUUAUAAAAGCAGAUUCACAUUACAGGCGUGGACUUCCUUUCUUUGGGCAGGUUCUUCUAGUUGAUGAGAAGGCUCAACCAAUCCCAAAACAAGACUUAGUUGCCCUGGUGUUGGAAGGUGGUCAGGUACACCACUUUACUACUGAUGAACAUGGCUUGGCAAAGAUUUCCAUUGAUACCACCACCUUAACAUCUUCUUCCAUUACAGUCAAUGUCCGUUAUAAACAGACACAAUACUGUUUGGAUUACUGGUGGCUUCAAGAAGAGCAUGAGCAAGCUCUUCAUUCUGCAAACCAUAUAUACUCCCCAAGCAACAGUUACGUUCACUUUGAAUCUCUUUUUGGUGCUUUGACUUGUGGACAAAUGCAGGAAAUCAAAGUGCACUACAUUCUGAAUGAAGAGAUCCUGAAAGGCCAAAAUGAGCUCACUUUCUACUUCUUGAUCAAAGCAAGAGGAAGCAUUUUGCAAUCAGGAAUUUAUGUGUUGUCCCUUGAACAAGGAAGUAUGAAAGGAGUGUUUUCCUUCUCCUUUCGAGUGGAACCAAACAUGGCCCCCACUGCUCAGCUGCUUGUCUUUGCUAUUUUACCUGAUGGAGAAGUUGUUGCAGAUAUGGAAACACUGCAGAUUGAAAAAUGUUUUGCUAACAAGGUCAAUUUGACCUUCUCCUCAGCCCAGAGCAUGCCAGCAUCAGACAACCACCUCAAAAUCACAGCCACACCCCUCUCCCUCUGUGCCCUCCGUGCUGUGGACCAGAGUAUGCUGUUAAUGAAACCUGAAGCUGAGCUCUCGCCUGAAUCAGUUUAUAAAUUGCUACCAGUGAAGGAGUUGCCAAGAAUUGCAAAUGAAGUCAUUGGACAGUGCAUCCGUCCUGAAGAUCUAGCUAAGAAUGGCAUUGUGCACACACAAAUGCAGAUUCUCGAAGAAGAUGAUGUCUUCAGUAUCUUUAAGUCUGCAGGAUUGCAUAUUUUUACCAAUUCAAAAAUCCAUAAACCAAAUAUUUGUCGACCUCACCUGCCAGUGGUUGAUAAUUAUGACUCAUAUCCUAUGGGCAUAGCACAAGACCAGCUUCAAAGCCCUGGUGUUGGUGGAAUUGUUCAACCUAUAAUACCGCAUAGACCUGUAGAAAUUGUCCAAGAGAUUAUCCGGAAGUAUUUCCCCGAGACCUGGAUCUGGGAAUUGGUUGUACUCGAUUCAUCAGGUGAAAGUGAGAUGGCAGUGAAAGUCCCUGACACCAUCACGGAAUGGAAGGCCAGUGCAUUCUGCUUGUCCAAAACAACAGGACUUGGCCUCUAUCCCAUCAUCUCUCUACAAGCCUUCCAACCAUUCUUCCUAGAACUUACUCUCCCCUACUCUGUGGUGAAAGGAGAAGCUUUCACAUUGAAAGUCACUGUGUUCAACUAUUUGUCGUAUUGCAUUCAGGUCCAUGUGACGCUGGAAGACUCAUCUGCCUUCCUCGCUGUCCAAGAGGAGAAUGCAGACUCUUACUGCAUAUGUGAAAAUGGGAGGAAAACUGUGUCCUGGGCUGUGACCCCAAAGUUCCUAGGAAAGGUGAAUUUCACAGCAUCAGCAGAAGCUGUACACUCUCAGGAAUUAUGCAACAAAGAAGAAUCUAAAAUUCCACCAUUUGGAAAGAAGGAUACAGUAAUCAAGUCCUUGUUAGUGGAGCCUGAAGGAAUAGAAAAGGAAGAAACUUUCAACACACUGCUCUGUGCAUCAGGUUCUGAAGUUCCUGAAAAGUUGUCUCUAAAAGUUCCCUCAAAUGUGGUUGAAGGAUCUACCAGGGCAACAUACACAGUUGUGGGUGACAUACUAGCUUCUGCAAUGCAAAACCUCCAGAAUCUUGUCCAAAUGCCCUAUGGCUGUGGAGAGCAGAAUAUGAUUCUUUUUGUCCCUAACAUCUAUGUUCUGACCUAUCUGAAAGUGACACAGCAGCUAACAGAGGAGAUUAAGUCCAAAGCCAUCAGCUAUCUCAACAGUGGAUACCAAAGACAGUUGAAUUACAAGCACAAUGAUGGCUCAUAUAGUGCCUUUGGAGAUCAUGGUGGUGGAACUCAGGGAAACACUUGGCUCACUGCAUUUGUGCUCAAGUCCUUUGCUCAAGCCCAGUCAUUUAUCUUUGUGGAGACCUCACACAUCACACAUGCUUUCACCUGGCUUUCAAAGAGGCAAAAGGAAAAUGGUUGUUUCCAACGUUCUGGGUCACUGCUAAACAAUGCUCUUAAGAGUGGAGUAAAUGAUGAAGUGACACUCUCUGCCUACAUCACCAUCGCUCUGCUAGAGAUACCUCUGCCUGUCAAUCACACAGUUGUCCGCAAUGCUUUGUUAUGUCUGGAACGUGCCUGGCGAUCCAUCUCAGAGACUAAAGGAAGUUUUGUCUACACAAAGGCUUUAUUAGCUUAUACAUUUGCCCUAGCAGGAAAGCAGACCAUGAGAAGUGAGCUACUUGAAUCACUAGACAAAGAGGCUGUGAAAGAAGAGAAUUCAAUCCACUGGCAGCACCCUGGCAAACAACAAGAAGCUAAUCAGCUCUAUUAUCAACCACGGGCAACUUCUGCUGAAGUGGAGAUAACGUCCUAUGUACUCCUUGCCUAUCUUACUGUGAAGCCUGCCCCAUCUUCAGAAGACCUGUCCAAAGCAUCACGCAUAGUGCAAUGGAUCACCAAGCAACAGAAUCCUCAUGGAGGGUUCUCAUCUACUCAGGAUACAGUGGUAGCUCUCCAAGCCCUUGCCAAAUAUGAAGCACAGAUUUUCACUAAAAGAGAGAAAACAACUACUGUCACAGUCAAGUCUUCAGGGGCAUUCACCAAAGAAUUCCAGGUAGACAAUGCCAACCGCCUAUUGCUGCAGGAGGUGCAACUGCCAGAGAUUCCAGGAGAGUACAGCACAACGGUGUCUGGAUCAGGAUGUGUGUAUCUCCAGACAUCCUUGAGAUACAAUAUAUUACCAAAGAAAGAUCGGAAAUCUCCCUUCUCCUUGAUGGUUGAUACGCUGCCCAAGAGUUGUAAUGAUGCAAGAGCUCACAAGAGAUUCCAGAUUCUUAUCAACAUUAGUUAUACUGGGGAACGACCGAGCUCCAAUAUGGCCAUUGUUGAUGUGAAGAUGGUAUCAGGCUUCAUACCUAUGAAACUAUCAGUGAAAAAGCUCCAAGAAAGGCCUCAGAUUCCAAGGACUGAAGUGAGCACCAACCACGUCUUAAUUUACUUUGAAGAGCUAACCAAUCAAACCUUGAGUUUCUCCUUCCUAGUGGAACAAGAUGUUGAAGUAGAGAAUUUAAAACCUGCUACAGUCAAAGCUUAUGAUUAUUAUGAGACAGAUGAAUUUAUCAUUGAAGAGUACAGUGCCCCUUGUAGUGCUGAAUCUCAGAAAGGAAAUGCUUGA